GAAUUCUCACACAGUAGAGAUGCUCUGCCCCACCCUGCCCCCACAUCCUAUUAUGAGGGCCAGUGUAGGUCAGGCACCUGCUAACCAUGGCAUGUGGGCCAGGAGAUCUUCAGAGCCUCACAUCUCCAUUUUCUUCUGCCAAACUUGGAAAUUCCCUCUUUUCAGAAGAGCCCUGGUUCCAGGCCUGUGGUCACACCAACAUCGCCUGCAAGAUGGUGAAGGGGAAGCUGGUAGAGGUAGGCAAGUGGCCAUGGCAGGUGAGCAUCCUGUUUCUGGGCGCGUACAUCUGCAGCGGCUCCCUCAUCCACCAUCAGUGGGUCCUCACGGCCGCGCACUGCCUAGAGAGAUCCAAGGACCCCAAAAAGUACUCCAUGAGGGUGGGAGUCCAGCAGGUCUCAGAAAACGGCACUUGGCUCCUGCUCACUCGCAUCGUGAUCCACGAGGAUUUCCACAACCUCCUAUCCCAGGACAUUGCCCUCCUGAAGCUCAGGGACCCCAUCUCCUGGUCCCCCCUCAUCCAGCCUGUCUGCCUACCCAACACCAAAUUCAAGCUCUCGCUCGGGACCAUGUGCUGGGUGAUCGGGUGGGGACAUAAAAAUGAACAAGAAACCUCAAGUAGCCCCUACAGUCUUCAGGAGGUGGCUGUCAGGAUCGUUAGCAACAGUAUCUGCCGUCAGCAGUACCAGUUUCUCUUCUUGAAGAGAGAGAAGAAGUUCAUUGGGAAGGACAUGCUGUGUGCCUCCUCAGAAUUGGGCAUGGACUCUUGUCAGGUCUCUUGGACAUUUCUGAACAUCAGUCACAUGCCCAGAUGGGGGCCCGGUGCUGGCAGAACUGGUUUUCAUAAAUGGCAUCGUUCUGUAAGCGUGUGUCUGUCUCUUGCAUCUUCGGUUCAACAUUGUUUUUGAGAUUUAUCCCUAUUGAAAAGUGCAGCUCUCAUUCAUUAAUUGACCUCUCGAGCUAGGAUAUUCUCUUGUGACCAUGGCACAAUUUAUACACUCUAUUGUUUAUAGCAUUGAGGUGGUUUUCAGGGUUUUUUUCAUAUCACAAACCGCUGCUCUGAAUAUUCUCACACACAUCUCCCUAUUUACGUGUUCCAGAAUUUCUCGACAGGAUAUGUCCUGCAGGGAACUGGGGGGUCAUAGGCUGUGCAUGCCUUCAUCUUUAAUAGUUUUUGCUGGGGCGCUGGAGGGCUCAGUUGGUGG